AGAGACAAGAAUCUAAGAAACAACAUUAACGGUCAGGAUUUCGUUUCUAACACCAUAGCAUUUUUGAUAAUCAGAUUAGGUUGAUUUUUGGGCAAGGACGCAUACAUGGUGGGCCCCACCUGAUAGAUGUAUUGGAUCUCAGUUUCAAGCACCGCUUUGAGAGAUAGAGAGAGAGAGAGGUGCAGAGGAAGAAGUCCAGGGUGUUGGUCAACAUGGACAACAGAAGCAGCAAGAGUGCUAUAUCUACGCUCUAUGAAAGUAUAUGUGGUUUCUUACGGAUGUGCCUCUUUCGUGUGCUGGCCUUUGGAUCAAUUCCCGAACACAUUGCUUUUAUCAUGGAUGGGAACCGUAGAUUUUCUCGCAGCAGAAAUUUGAAUGGGGGUGUGAGUCAUAGAGUCGGGUUUCUGGCUCUCGUGUCCAUCCUCCAGCACUGCUAUGAGUUGGGUGUGAAGUAUGUGACGGUAUAUGCAUUCAGCAUCGACAACUUCAAUCGAAGUGCUGAUGAAGUUGAAAGUAUUAUGGAUCUAAUGCAAGAAAAGAUUGAAAAGUUGCUCAAGGAAGAGAGCAUUGUAAACAAGUAUGGAAUCAAGAUUAAUUUCUUUGGGAAUUUGAAUCUCUUAAAUGAGCCUGUGAGGAGAGCAGCUGAGAGGGCAAUGGUGGUUACUGCCGGCAACACCAGAGCAGUGCUCUCAAUCUGUGUUGCCUACACUUGCACCGACGAAAUUGUUCACGCAGUUCAAGAAUCAUGUCACAAAAAAUGGGCCAGAUUUCAGGAAGAGAAACCAAAUGGUCUUGACAAUGAUGACGAUAUGAUUGAGUGUUUCGGGAAAAAUGGUUUGGAAGAAAGUGAAAUAACAGUGGUAGAUUUGGAGAGGAACAUGUAUACAGCUGAAUGCCCGGAUCCUGACAUCUUGGUCAGGACUUCUGGUGAGACCCGCCUAAGUAAUUUUCUUCUUUGGCAGACUACGUGCUGCCAAUUGCUUUCCCCCAGUGCUCUUUGGCCAGAGAUUUCUCUUCGACACUUGGUAUGGAUGAUCUUGGAAUACCAACGUGUCCGACCUUAUCUAGAAAAGAAGAAGCGAUUAUGAAUUCUUGAAUAGCUUGUAGAUUACACAACAAUUUUUCAUGUGCUCCUCUCCUACAUUCCUAAAUAUGCCACUGUAGUUGUUACAAUGCAUGGAAUGCGGUUACAAUAUGUGGAAUUAAUACAUGAAAUAUGAUGUUACUUUACUGA